UUGAAGUGAUGUUUGUUUGUUUUGGCUUUUGAGGUUAUGUAGUGCAUUUUCGGUAAAUUAAUAAGUUGGUUAAAAGCGUACAGAAGCCCCCCCAUUGUGGGGGCGUACCAGCGUUAUGACAAAUGAAAAAUCAAACAUUGAAAAUAUAAUCGACCAGAUCAAUUCAAUAAACGCCAAAAGGGCCGCCUUUUUUCUAGUUUUAGGUUUCGCAUGCUAUCACGGACUGCUUCACUUACGUUACGGUAGCGAUUCGUGUAGGUGGCUACUGUCGGACGGCCGGUAUAAGGCGAAUCAAGAAUGGCAGCCGUACGGUUGCAUGCUGCAUCGAUACAGUCAAAUUGACACGCGAACCUGCCUGCGCUACCUGGCAUUUUACGGAAAGCAAUCUCACUUCGUAUUCAUAGGCGAUUCGCGAAUACGCGAACUAUACAUCGCAUUUGUCCAGCAUUUGCAACGCGAUUAUACAGAUGGCGCGAAUCCGGAAACGAAUCUCACUUUCACGGAUCACAAACUGCGACUGACGAUCGAAUACAUCUGGAGCCCCUACUUAUCGACGCGCAUGGUAAAAACGUUCCGAGAAUGGCACGCCGCCGUUACGGAGAUGCCGUCGGUUGUGAUAGUCGGCUGCGGCCUGUGGUCGAUUCAAAAAUCGAACGCGUCGUUCAACACGAUUCAGGAGUACAACGUGAAUCUCACUCGACUCGUGCAGCCGAUUAAUAAGCUGCACGAGCAUCGCACGCGCGUCCUGUGGUCGUUGCAGCAGCCCGUCAAUCCGGCUAAGCUCAGAGUCGAAUUUCAAAUGGUCACCAACGAGCAGAUCGACUUGUAUAAUAAAGCUGCGAUUGAGGUUUUAUCCUACUCGGCCGCCGAGUUAUGGUGGAGCGCGAGACUGGUCGCGCAAGAGAUGGUCUCCGAAAGUCCCGACGGUAUACAUCUGGCAUCGCGAGCCGUACAGCACAACACCCAAAUUCUCUUCAACAUGUACUGCAACGAUUACAUGAACUUCAACGACGGUUCGUGCUGCAGCUCGACGGAGAGUUACACAAUGCUGCAAAUCGUCACGUUCUCCUUCCUCGCGAUCUGCAUCGCGAUCGCGUCGGUGAUGUCGCUUUAUCGUCGAGUUUUAAAGUUGAAAGGAAGGCCGCUGCAAGACUACAGUUUGUUGCUCGAAUCGGACAAUCAGAUCGCCACACAACCCGGCGACAUGUACACGCUGUUCACGUCGCUGGCGAUCAUGGCGAUUAUAAUGGUUUACUUCUUCGUGUGCGAUCGCACCAACUUCUUCAUGAAGGAGAACAAGUACUACUCCGAGUUUAGCUUUUGGCUACCGAUCGGCUACGUUUGCGCGCUCGGCCUGUUCUUCACCGAGGACAGUAAGUUCACGAAGGUGCUGCACACGGAUCAGAUCGACGAGUGGAAGGGGUGGAUGCAGCUGGUAAUUUUGGUGUACCACGUGACCGGCGCGAGUCAGGUCCUGUCGAUAAACAUGCAUAUUAAGGUGCUGAUCUCCGCUUACCUUUUCUUGCUGGGCUACCAGCAGUUUUGCUAUGUGUGGCAACGGGCGGACGUCGGUAUGGUCAACUUCUUCAAAGUACUCUUCCAACUGAAUUUCAUGACGGUCACGCUUUGUCUGUGCAUGAAUCGUCCGUAUCAGUUUUACUUCUUCGUGCCCUUGCUGUCGUUUUGGUUUAUGAUGUGUUACGGUGUCCUAGCCUUACCGCCUCAUAUUACGGCGCAAACGACUGAGAACAAUGUGAUUCAAUACUUUUACUUGGUGAUCAAGUUCAUCGGUUUAUUUACCGUGAUUACAAUUUUAUUUAUGUCCGAAGUUUUCUUUGAGAAGAUCUUCGUAACGAGGCCGUGGAAGGCGCUGUUCGUAACGACCGACGACGAUAUCCACGAGUGGUGGUACAGGUGGAAGUUAGAUCGUUACUCUGUGAUGUACGGAAUGCUGUUUGCUGUGAUUCACUUACUGGCCCAAAGGUACAAUAUCUUCGACGAUAAUAAUCAUAACAACUUAUUCUCGAGAGGUAUCGCGCUUACGUCUACGUUAGCGGGUAUUAUCGGAAUCGGCUGUUACGUUACGUUUACGUUUCUGUGCGGCAACGAGUUCGAUUGCAUCGAAAUUCACUCAUAUAUCGUUUUCAUUCCCAUUCUCAGCUACGUGGUACUAAGAAACAUAUCCGGAAUGCUGCGCACGAGAUACUCCAGCUUCUUCGCGUGGUUCGGCAACAUCAGCUUGGAGCUCUUCAUAAGUCAGUACCACAUAUGGCUAGCGGCCGAUACGCACGGCGUCCUCGUCUUAAUUCCCGGCUAUCCGGUCCUGAAUGUUAUCGUUACGUCUUUCAUUUUCGUGUGUUGCUCGCACGAAGUGCACAGGGUAACAAAAGUGCUGCUUCCUUACGCUGUACCCUCGGAUUGGAGGCCGCUGUUGCGCAAUGUGAUUUUAUUUUUAGCGAUCUUGGUUCCUAUCGGAAUUAAUGAUGGAAUGUUUUAACUUAUUUUAGUGGUAAGACGUAGCGCAAAUAAAAGUUUCUUACUGA